UCUCCUCUGCAAUAUGAAGGCCAGGGGGAGGCUCCUGCUCGGCCUCGUUGCCUUAGCAUCUUCGUUUCAGAUUCAAGACGACUGCCUUGUGAAAGAGCACAUCGAGGACAGUGAUGUGAUGUUUGACACCCUGGAAUUCCUUAGCCUCGUUGAAGAAAAUUCUCCUGCUGUAGAUGUUUUACUGACCUGCCAGAAUGCCGGCCCGAUUUACCUGCUCAGUAUUGGCCUAGAACAUUUUUUAUUGAAGAAAUCGGGUCAGGAGAAGCCAGUACAAGAGGAGUCUUGGGAUCAGUUAACAAAGACAGCAGGGUGGAGAAGGUUCAAGCUUGGUUUGGCAAAUAAAACGAUGACUCUGGAAUGCGACAGCAAGCCGUUGUUGCAAAAGGCCUUCGAACUUGGUUGCACUGUUGGCGGGAUCAAAAUCACCAAAGGAAGAUUUACACGGAAGUGUUCUCCUGGCACACCUACUUGGGUGGUUGAGAACGACUCGGAAUUAGAGCUUCCCUUAGUCCAGAUGGAGAAAGGCGUUCGAGAAAGCUUUACAUUAUUUUCCCUGGAGCCUUUCACUCCCUCCUUCAGCAUGAAAGGGGCAAAGGUCAAUCUAGGAUUUCGCGGCGACUCGUUGGUGACAAGCGGCGACAUGAAACCGCUUCCGGCCGGGCCACACGAUGUCUCGUUCCAGAUCUUCUCUGAGGGAAACAGAACGAACCUCAAGGUGACGAAGGAUGGACAUAUUGUACAAGAAACGGCCCUCGAAGAUUCUCCGAAGUGCAUGGAAGUGUCGGGCGACAAGAAGUUUGUGCUGGUGCAGAAACUUGGUCAGACUGUCCCACGCAAUGAACACUGCAACGGCCCAGGUGAACACUGCAACGGACCAGAACAAAUCUUGUAUCUGGUAACUAGUUUAGGAAUAUCGACCUUCUUGUUUUGUGCUCUCCUCUUCCACCACUGCCGCUACCGACAGAGCUUCAAGGGAGGCCGAGGGACAGCCCAGGGAGCGACGCCUGCCACGGAUGCAGGUCGCAGCGCCUCCACUGCCAGCGGCGCUUACCUGGUCAUGCUUCGCCCCCCUCCUCCACCCUACGCCCCCCCUUGCCCUCCUGCUUCCCCUGCUAUCCUACCCACCCAGGGAAUGGCUCCUCCGGAGGCUUCGUAUUAUGAGAUGUAUCCUACAACGGCAACGGCCGUGGCUCCUCCUCCGAACUCCUACGCACUUCUUGAGGACGCACCCAUGGAAACAGUCAAUGACAUGUACGAGAGCGCCGUUGGACUCAGCUCCCACAGCAGUGGUCUCAAGCACCCUUUACGACGCUUGUUAAGAACACCACCGACAGGGAAUGUGCCCACAGCGCUUGACUGCAACACCGCCCACGGAAGGUUCACAAGCUUCAUCCACAAGAGAACGGUCAUUAGGGCGUUAUGUCAGCCACAGCAGUAUGAAGACAUGGUGUCAAAGUCGAAGUAG